AUGCAGCCCACGGGAUGGGUGUGCGGUCACUGUGGAUGUUCCUGGGAGAAGCAUUUGCAUAUCGCCUACGAGACGUAUGAAGUGGAAAGAAAAGAUGUGGAUCAGAACGUGAUGAAAUUAUUACGCCAGAGAGAUGGUGAAAUAUAUGCCGCGCAGAAAUUUAUGAAAGCGUUGGAGCUUCGCAAAAACCAACUGCAAUUGGAAGAGGUAGAAAUGCGCAAAGUGGCGGCGAAGUUCGGAUGUUUCUUGAAAAACAACGCCAUGCUGCUGUACAAUGACGCCAUGGAAGACUACUUGAGUCAUCUGAUCUCCGCUGAAAAAGAGAAGAUUGCCGCUGGAAUAACGAAAGAUCGGCUGGAGUGUUACGAGCGGAUGCUACGUGAAUACCGUGCUGAAAAGGCGUUACUGGAAACAGCGAUGCGAAGCGGGGACAAAAAUCAGCCAAUCGCCAUCCAGGAUGUCAAUGCAGCUAUCCAAUCGCUGUACACGCUGCCGCUGAGUGGACAGAAAAUCCGCGAUGCUGUGGAUACUAUGCAGAAGGUGCGCAAUCAGCAGGUGCAGCAUCAGGAAAAAGUGUGCAUGCCACAAGUGACCAACACCCGACGGAAGCCGAAAGCAUCGACCGGAGGCCGCCGAUCGCGCCGAUUUACGCCGUAUCAUGUUGUGCGACGUGGACGCGGAACGCAUCCGAAGAUGUUCGCGGGAUGCUUAAGAAAGUGUGGGGUCCCAUGGAGCGUCUCAGCAUUUAACCGAGGUGAGGAGGGAUGCUUGUAUCGCGAGCUUAUUGAUUUAUAUUAUCGCUGUAUACCGAGCGUUUUUUGA